AAAAUACCGUUUACACAGUGUCGUACAGCCUGGUUGUUCCAUGUCUCUCUGGUCUCCUCUCUUUCUCUCCCUCCUCUCCUCCGUCUUUCUCUAGUCGUUAGUAUCUCUUGCGUGCGUGCACGUGUGUACAUGUAAGUGUAUGGGUACCUUUUGAUUUUUAAAUUAAAACAAGAUGCUGGUCUCGCAGGAGGUGGUCUCAAAAGCGGAAGAAAUUGCGGAUCAGGUAAUUCGCAAUGGAAAGCACAUCCUGCCAACUCUUGCAAGACUUUGUCUCAUAGCCACAUUUCUAGAGGAUGGGUUGAGAAUGUGGUUUCAGUGGUCAGAGCAGAAAGAGUUUAUGAACAAUACCUGGCACUGCGGUGCCUUCUUAGCUACAAUAUUUGUCCUGGUUAAUUUAGUUGGACAGCUCAGCGGUUGUGUCAUGGUUAUUGGAAGAUGGAAAGUCAGCAUUGCUUGCGGAAUCUUAUUUUUCAUAGUAGUACUCCAGACACUAGCUUACAAUAUUCUGUGGGAUGUAACGUUUUUAUUUAGAAAUCUAGCAUUGAUAGGAGCACUUCUUUUGGUUCUGGCCGAAUCAAGAAUAGAAGGGAGAUCGUUAUUUGCCGGUGUACCCAGUCUUGGAGAUAAUAAACCUAAGAAUCUCCUGCAGCUAACUGGCAGAAUUUUGUUGGCAUUUAUGUUUACCACGCUGAUUCGCUUUGAGAUAUCAUUCCUACAAAUCCUGCAAGAUAUUCUUGGAAGCAGUCUAAUGGUAUUGGUAACUAUCGGAUAUAAAACAAAACUCAGUGCGUUAUUACUUGUUUUGUUAUUGUCUGCACUGAACCUUUACCACAAUGCGUGGUGGACCAUUCCAGAGUAUAAAGCACUUAGGGACUUCCUUAAAUAUGACUUUUUCCAGACAUUAUCAGUGAUUGGUGGCCUUUUAAUGAUAGUUUCUUUAGGUCCUGGAGGUGUAUCAAUGGAUGAGCAUAAAAAAGAGUGGUAGAUGUAGUAUCAACUGAAUAUGCAUCAUUACAUUAUCAUGACCAUUAAGUAAAAAAGUCUCCCAUUCCUGUUCCUUUGUAUGCUCAAUGAAAUUUCAUUGUUUAUUGGACAAAGAGCAAUUCAUUUUAGAUUAUUCAAUUUUGGGUAAAGGAAUUGUUAAAGUAUAAGUUUAAAUUUUUGAGGACACAAUUACAUGAAAUUAAAAAAAAAAAAAAAGGAAAGAGAAAAGUGAAAGAACUCCAGAAUAAUACUGUUUAAGAAGAAACAAAAUGAAGACAGCACUAAGACUAAUUUAUAUAAUCAAUAACAGCAUUGUACAUAUGACACUACAUUUAUCAAGGAAACAAAAUAUAUUUUUUCUGUGUGUUUUUAA